AUGACAUCGCCACCGAAGCGUGAGCUGCUCAAAAAGACUCCUCUCCGUCCACCGCAACUGCAUCGCACUACGUCUGCUUACACUCAGCCGCGAGCCUCCGCCGAUGAGGUAUCUGUAGGAAAAGGAAAAGAAAACGGAAAGGGAAAGCAGCUCCCAGUUGUUGAGUUCACUUCCCAAGAGCCUCCGCAGCCUUUCCUCGACCCUUCAAUCAUCCAGCGACGAAUACAAUAUGCUAAGCAAUACGAGAUUGAUCAACGCAAGCAAAUGGAGCAGCAAGCGCCGUCCUCUUCUGGUUGA